GACAUCAAAGAGGAGGAGAGAAAAAAAAUCUAUGUUCAUUGGAGAAGCCGAAAGUAAGGAUAAUUUCUGAAGGGCUUCUCCAAUGACAUCAAAAAUUCCAUGGAAGCCUCAUCAUCUUUUUCUCCUUUCUACGCUCUUCGUCGUCUCGGCCAUGGCCGACGACGUCGAUUCCUUUCCGGAUUUUUUCCGGCCAGGGUCGAGCCCCGAGGCACUCCCGGUGGCCGGGAAACCGGAUUUCGAGAUGGAUUACGGGGCGUCGAGCUGGGAAAUUGCGAGCGAGUUUGUGGGCGUCUCCGCCAUGCACAUGCAGUUGAUGAUAGACGGGAAGGUUGUUUUCUACGACACCACAAACUUAGGGCCGUCGGCGCUGCGGCAGAACCCUAAAUGGUGCCGGAAGGCCCCUAAUGGCCGGACUGAUUGCUGGGCUCAUGGGGUCGCCUAUGACCCUAACACUGGCGGCGUUAGGACGCUCAAGAUCAACUUCAACCCGUGGUGCUCAUCGGGAGGUUUAUCGAAAAGCGGGAAACUUAUGAGCACGGGAGGGUCGGAUGAAGGCGUUCGAAGCAUUAGGAUUCUUGAACCAUGUGACACUUGUGAUUUCCAAGAAAUUGAGACGUCCCUUUCCACAUUUCGAUGGUAUGCUUCUCAACAAAUGCUGGAAAAUGGGGAUAUCAUGCUGGUUGGAGGGAGAGGGGCCCACAAUUAUGAAAUUUUCCCGCCAGAUCAACUGAAGUUCCCAAUUCAACAGUUUGGCCUCCCAUUCCUAAUGGAUACCACCGAUGGAUUCCUUGAGAACAAUCUCUACCCGUUCGUCUACCUUCUUCCCGACGGCACCGUCUUCGUCUUCGCCAACGACCGCUCCGUCGUCGUAAACCCCCGCACUGGCGAGACUGUCCGGGAGCUCCCUAUGCUCCCGGGCGGGUCUCGGAACUACCCCGCUUCCGGACAGUCGGCGCUUCUCCCCUUGAAGCUCGCCCCCAACACCAAGGACGGGGACUUUGUGAAGGCGGAGGUCUUGGUGUGCGGCGGGAACUCGCACGACGCGUUCCGGUACACUGAGCGGGCCCCGCGGAAGUUUCCGCCCGCGUUGAAGGAGUGCGGGAGGAUCGCGGCGAAUGAGGAAGGGGCGAAUUGGGAAAUCGAAGAAAUGCCGUCGGGGAGGGUCAUGGGCGAUAUGCUGAUCCUCCCCACUGGGGAUCUCCUCCUGAUCAACGGGGCGAAAUCCGGAACUUCUGCCUGGGACGCGGCAGAGGAUCCAAAUUUCGCGCCUGUCAUGUACAGUCCGGAAAAGCCGAAAGGACAGAGGUUCAAUGUCUUGAAGGAGUCCCAGAUCGCGAGAAUGUACCACUCCUCGUCCGCCGUUUUGCCGGACGGGAAAAUCUUAGUGGCGGGAAGCAACACACACGCCACGUACAAUUUCAAAGCCAAGUACCCGACGGAGAUGCGGGUCGAGAAAUUCUCGCCGCCGUAUUUAGCCGCCGAGCUGGCCCAGUUCCGGCCGCAGAUCGCGGAGGAUCUUUCGGACAAGCAGUUGAGUUACGGGCAGAAUUUCAACGUACACAUCAAUUUGGAGUCCGACGUGGGCGUGGAGGACAUUAAGGUCACCAUGUACCCGCCGCCGUUCACCACUCACGGCUUCUCUCAGGGCCAGAGAUUGCUUAUUUUGGGGCUCAACGAAGUUAGAAACAAGGUCAUCUCCGCCGUGGCGCCGCCCUCUGGGAAGCUCGCUCCGCCUGGAUACUACUUGCUCUUCGUCGUGCACCGUGGUGUGCCUAGCAAAGGAAUGUGGGUGCAAAUCCAAUAGAAAUCUAUGGGUGUCAAGAAGCCUAAUGUAUUCUUUUGGGACUUAAUUUUUAUUGUUGGAUAAUUUUCAAUAAUUUGUUUAUUAAACAUAAAAAAAUAGAAGUUCAAUUUCGAUAAAAAAAAAACCAGUAAAAAAUCGUUACAAAAGGU